AUGGAUCUCCAUGUGGCGCUGCCCAGCGGGCGCUCCUGCUUGGUGUCCAUGGGUCCAGAUGCGACCUUGGGUGACCUGAAGGUGGCCGCACAGAAGGCCCUGCAGAAAGGCUUCCUACGGUUGGUCAUCCAUGGCCGUGUUCGAGAGGAUUUCGAGUGUCAUCUGUCGAAGGUGGGGUUGGAGCAUGGGCAGGUGGUCUAUGCCAUCGUGCAGACGCCGCAGCUGGCGGCAAGCUUUCAAGCCUUCGCUCUCUGGUGUUGCGGUGGGGGAUGUGUGACUUGGGGUCAUCCUGGCUACGGCGGCGACAGCUCCGCCGUGCAAGAGGAGCUGCGAAUGAAAGGCGUGCAGCACAUUGAGGCCUCGAAGCACGCCUUCGCUGCCCUGUUGUCGGACGGCAGCGUCGUGGCCUGGGGGGAUCCCGGCUAUGGUGGUGACUGCAGCCAAGUGAAGGAGCAGCUGAAGAACGUCUGCCAGGUCAAGGGCACAGGCUGUGCCUUCGCUGCGGUGCGACAGGAUGGAGGGGUCGUCACCUGGGGACAUCCGAUGCUUGGGGGUGACAUGAGUGCAGUGCAAGAUCAGCUGAACGACAUCAAGGAGAUUGAGGCCUCUGACGGUGCCUUCGCAGCCUUACGCUGCGACGGGGGCGUGGUGACCUGGGGUGAGGCAUGGUUUGGGAGCGACAGCAGCGCAGUCCAAGAUCGACUUCAGAAUGUCCAGCAGCUGCAGUCCUCGCACGGCGCCUUCACUGCCAUUUUGGCCGAUGGAGCUGCGAUCUCUUGGGGUCCGGCCAAGCAUGGUGGUGACAGCCGUGCAGUUCAAGCUCGCUUGCGCCGCGUUCGCUCGGUCCGCUCCUCGGGCUCCGCCUUCGCGGCGCUGGUAGAGGAGGGCGGCAGGGUGUCCGUGGUCACGUGGGGGCAUCCCACGUGUGGAGGUGACAGUGGACACGUGCAAGAUCGGCUCCAAAAUGUGCAGCAGAUUGUGGGUGCAGGAAGUGCCUUUGCUGCCUUGCUGGCUGAUGGAAAAGUUGUGACUUGGGGUCAUCCAAUGCUCGGUGGAGACAGCAGCAGCGUCGCACUUUGCGACGUGCAGAACAUCUUUGGCUCUUGCCAUGCCUUCUCUGCCAUCAGAGCGGAUGGAACUGUGGUGACAUGGGGCCACGAAGAUCGAGGGGGCGACUGCAGUCAGGUCUCGGAGCGCCUCCACGAGGUCUUGCAGAUCUGUGGCUCCUACAAUCGCUUUGCGGCCGUGACGGCCGCCGGCGACGUCGUCACCUGGGGUCUGGAAGAGCUUGAGAACGACAACAGCAGCGCGCAGGAGCGGCGGAAGAGGUUUCAGCAGGUGCGCUCGGUCGAUGAUGUGCCUGGCUUGGAGCUGCUCUGA